AUGGAAGAAAGUUAUGAAUCUGAUCACCGUAUCUCAGCAGGGAGGCAAGAAAUUCGAAAGAGAAGCCGACCCAGCCAACCAAUGGUAGAUAAAUCCCAGCAGACUGAAGUGACAGAGAAAAAGAAACAAUUGUCUAUACCACAAUCAUCUGUCCCCAAAAGUAACCUUAGUAUUGGUAAUAUUCCUGGAAGCAAAUUCAACUAUGAAUGUCAUAGAGUAUCUUCUCAACUUCAGCAAACUUACAAGAGGGAGAGUGUACAUGAUAUGACUGAUACAUCUCUGCAGACAGAAACUACUGCAGAAGAGAAAAAAGAAGAAAUCCAGUCAGUUUGUGAAACAGUGGUACCUGAAGAAAAGCCAGCUGCUAUUGGAGAAGCAGCCCCUGAAUUUCCAGAGAGUGUUCAGGAAGUAGAAAUUCCACCAAGCAGACACUCAGUUCAACUCAAAACAGACAGAUCUCAGCAGACCAGUUGUACUGGAGACUGGACAAUGAUGAACAUUCCUUAAAAAGGAAAAGUAGACAAGGAAGAGCAGACAUACUUUAGUGAAUAAGAAAUAGUGGUUAUUGGCUGGGCAAGUAAUGCUUUUCCAAAGUCAAAGGAAGGGCAGAAACGCAAAUCCUCAGGAAAGAUUUUUGUUUCUGAACAUCCUGAAUUUCAACCCACAACAAGUAACAACGAAGAAAUUAGGCAGCAAAGUAUUAACAGAGCUUUAUCUAUUCCACCAACCAAAAAAGAUGCUCCAGUACUUUUAGAAGAUGGGAAAGAUGUUCCAGCUGAAGUACAGCCUCCUGCUGCAGAAGAGAGCUCUGCUGAAGUGCAACUCCCACUAGCUGAGGAGAUUACUGCAGAAGAGGUUUCUGCUGAAGUUCAGCCUCCGGCAUCUGAAGAGGCUUCUGUUGAAGUACAGCCUUCCCCAGCAGAAGAGCCUUCUGAAGAUGAGGCCCCUGCUAAAGUAGAGCCCACCUCAGCUGAAGAGGCUCUUUUAAAAGAGCUUCCUGCUGAAGUUCAGCCUCCAGCAGCUGAAGACGCUCCUACACAAGAGGUCCCAGAACUUCAAAGUUCACCAGGGGAGUCCCCUGCAGAAGAGGCCCCAGCUGAAGUUGAGUCUCCUCCAGCUGAGGUGGCCUCUGCUGAGCUUCAGUCUCUACCAGCUGAGGAGGCCCCUGCAGAAGAGGUCCCAGAAGUUCAGUCUCUACCAGCUGAGGAGACCCCUGCAGAAGAGGCCCCAGAAGAAGUUCAGUCUGCACAAGCUGAGAAUGCCCCUGCAGAGAAGUCCUCUGCCAACAUUCAGUCUCCACCCACUGAGGAGACCUCUGCAGAAGAGGUCCCAGAAGAAGUUCAGUCUCUGCCAGCUGAGGACACCCAUGCAGAAGAGGCCUCCGCCAAAGUUCAGCCUCCACCAGCAAAAGAGGCCCCUGCAGAAGAGGCCUCCACCAAAGUUCAGUCUCCACCAGCUGAGAAGACCCUUGCAGAAGAGGCUGCAGCUGAACUUCAACCUCUGCCAGCAGAGGAGCCUUCUGCAGAGGAGGCCCCUGCUGAAUUUCAGCCUCCAUCAACUGAAGAAACUACUUCGGAAAUGUUCUCUGUUGACAAACAGUCUUCACUAGCUGAAGCGUCCUUUAUUACACAAAUCUCUAUAAAAGAAACCUCUGCUGAAGUUCUGCUUCCACCAUCUGAGCAAACACCUGAAGAUGAAGCUCUGGUAGAGAAUGUGUCUAUGGUUUAUCAGUCUCCCCAGGCAGCGGACAUCCUGGUGGUAAAAUUAGGAUCAGGGAUUUUGGAAGAUAAGCCAAAAUCUGAAGAGCCUUUAGAAUGGGAUGCAGUUCCUGAAGAUUCAUCUGAUACCAAGAAUGAAGAGGUUUCUAUUAAAAUAAAAGGUGUCAUCCAUAUAGAACUGGAAUAG